CAGCUACGAUUAGCGCUCCUCCCACGACAAAUUCCACGGCUGGAGGCGGUGGUUCGGGAGGCGAGUCGUCUAAAGCGAACACGAUCAUUACCACGGGGGCGGCCAGUAAAAUUAUCCACCCCUCAGAGGACAUAUCGCUUGAAGAGAUUCGUGCGAGAAAGUCCAAGUACCAAAGGAGCAUUCCGAGCAAAGAGAACGAAAUGACCAUGGCGUCAAGCAGUGCAGCUAGUGAGUUGGCCAAUGCCGUUCACCAAGCCCAAGCGGCUGCGGCGGCUGUGAAUCACGCGAAACAGCAGGAGGCGUUGAAUCACGCCGCUAUGAUGCAGCGUUUCCAACGGCCACCCAUGAUGAUACCGGGCACAUCCGUCAGUAUGCCCCUGGUGACCGCCUAUCGACCUGCAAUGAUACCUGGGCCGCCGAUUUACGUGGGCACUAAUCUGAUGCGACCGCCACCGAUCAGCAUGCCACCAGGUACGUAAACAUAUCAGUAAUUAUGGCUAUCGACGAUAAUGUACGUACGCAAUAAAUUGUAGUAUCGCGAAUAUCGGGCACAGCUGACUCGAAUGCUAUUAUAUAGAGUAAAUUGACUAUUUGUUUUUCAACAAACAAAAUAAAAAUAGGUUACCAUGUAAUGAAGUUGGCUGUUUAAGAACAAUAACAGUGGAAGAAAUAGUCAAUUAGUUUUUUAGUUACUUUUGUUUUUGUAGCUCACUUAGGCAUUCCUCAGAGCAAUUUGAAAAUUUAGAAGCGAUAAAAA